CAUCCUGGGGAAAGAGCUCACUGAGGAACGCUCCGUGACAGAACCCCUUCCAGCACCUCGCAUGACCAAUGACAUCCUGGGGGAAGAGCUCACUGAGGAACCCUCCAUGCCCGAACCUCUUCCAGCACCUCGUAUCACCAACAACAUCCUGGGGAAAGAGCUCACUGAGGAACCCUCCAUGCCAGAACCCCUUCCAGCACCUCGUAUCACCAAUGACAUCCUGGGGGAAGCGCUCAUUAAGGAACCCUCCAUGCCAGAACCCCUUCCAGCACCUCGUAUCACCAAUGACAUCCUGGGGGAAGUGCUCAUUGAGGAAACCUCCAUGCCAGAACCCCUUCCAGCAACUCACAUCACCAAUGACAUCCUGGGGGAAGCGCUCAUUGAGGAACCCUCCAUGCCAGAACCCCUUCCAGCACCUCGCAUCACCAACAACAUCCUGGGGAAAGAGCUCACUGAGGAACGCUCUGUGACAGAACCCCUUCCAGCACCUCGCAUGACCAAUGACAUCCUGGGGGAAGAGCUCACUGAGGAACCCUCCAUGCCCGAACCUCUUCCAGCACCUCGUAUCACCAAUGACAUCCUGGGAAAAGUGCUCACUGAGGAACCCUCCAUGCCAGCACCCCGUCCAGCACCUCACAUCACCAACAACAUCCUGGCGGAAGCGCUCAUUGAGGAACCCUCCAUGUCAGAACCCCUUCCAGCAACUCACAUCACCAAGGACAUCCUGGGGGAAGCACUCAUUGAGGAACCCUCCAUGCCAGAACCCCUUCCAGCACCUCGCAUCACCAACAAGAUCCUGGGGGAAGCGCUCAUUGAGGAACCCUCCGUGCCAGAACCCCUUCCAGCACCUCGCAUCACCAACAACAUCCUGGGCAAAGUGCUGGGGAAAAUGCUCAUUGAGGAUACCUCAGUGCCAGGUCCUUCCAUCCUCACAGACACUCCAAAGGAAGCACCUUCUGUGUCAGAGCCCUUACUAGAACCUUCCAUUGCUGAUAAAUAUCUUCAGCAAGAAGUAGAACUCAAAGGGUUACAGCACGACUAUGUCCAGCAGCUUCCCUCGUUCUCUCCGGGCCAUCAACCUGCAAAUUGGACACAUGCGGACAAGGCUCAUCCGCAGUGAGGUUCGGCUGCAGCGGUGGGAAAGGGAAGAUGUUCCUGCAGGCCCUGCUGCACUUCUCCAGCCCUCUGGGUCUGAUUCAUCAUUGUCCUCUGCCUCCCUUGAGGUUGCCUCCAUCCCACCCUCCACCUCCACCUCUUCCCUCAACCUGCAUCCCUCUCCACCUCUCCUCCUUCCCCACCUCCUCUGGAGCCGGACCUCAGCAAUGUGAAAGAAACUCUGCAGAGUUUGGUAGAGAUGCAGGUCCAUCAGCUGCGUGACCGCCAAAGAGACCUCCGCAGCUGCCAGGAAUGCUUACAAAGCUUCAAGGCACUGAGGGGACAAUUGAGGCGGCUAAGGAGCAGACUGGCCAGGGUGGAAGCCACUAUGGGGAUCGUGGUUCCUCCAAGGGAGCUAGACGUUGCUGAGGAAGAAGGGGAAGGCAAAUUAAAAGAGACAACUGUACUACUAUUUACAUAAGUAGCAAUAAAAUGCUGUGUAUAUAUUUUUUAAAAAUUAAAUAUUUGUUUUAAUAGGAUGUAGAGAUAGAACAGCAAUAAAACUUGCAUAUUUAUUGUUUAAAAAAAAUAAAAUGUUUUAUUUUAAGGGAAA